UUUGUGUUAGUUCAUCGAAAUCGAAAUAUGCAGUAAGACAACAACAACUUGCCGGAAAACAAAACACAAACCCUAAAAAAGGAAUGGGGAGUUUAGAAGAAGAUUCAUCAUCUACUGCUGCUAUUGCUUGUAGUCAAUCUCGAUCAUCAAAUCCUUCAGAAGAAGGUACUCAUUAUCUCGCUAAGUGUGUACUUCGAGGAAGUGCGGUUCUUCAUGCUGUUUACGGACAUCUUCGUUCUUCAUCUUCAUUCGAUAUCGUAUUCGGAAAGGAAACUUCAAUUGAGUUGGUGGUAGUCGGUGAAGAUGGAGUUGUGCAAUCCGUCUGUGAACAGACCGUAUUUGGUAUCAUUAAGGAUCUUUCUGUUUUACGGCGGAGUGAGAAGUUUUGUCAACCAAAUACCCAGGAACCGGGGAAAGAUCUUUUGAUUGUUCUUUCUGAUUCUGGGAAGCUUUCUUUUCUUAAAUUUUGCAACGAAAUGCACAGGUUCUUUCCCGUAUCACACUUCCAACUUUCAAAUCCUGGGAACUCAAGACAUCAGCUAGGACAUAAGUUAGCGGUUGACAAUCAUGGCUGUUUUGUUGCUGUUAGUGCUUUUGAAGAACGACUGGCUUUGUUUUCUGUAUCUAUGUUGGAUGACAGCAGCAUUAUUAAUAAGAACAUAUUCUAUCCACCUGAGAGCGAAGGGGAUAUACCGAGUGUUGUUCAGGAUGUCCAUGGAACCAAUAUCAGUGGCACAAUUUGGAGCAUGUGCUUCAUUUCAAAGGAUGUUAGUCAAUCAAGCAAGGGUGAACGUAAUGCAACACUAGCAAUUGUUCUGAAUAGGAAGGGUGCUGUGUCGAAUGAGCUGGUGCUACUGGAGUGGGAUACUCAUGAAAAUGCUGUUCAUGUUAUAUCUCAGUAUAUCGAAGCUGAGUCUCUAGCAAUGAACAUUGUUGAGGUUCCUUACUCUUAUGGAUUUGCUGUUCUGUUUAGGGUUGGUGAUGCUCUCUUGAUGGAUCUCAGUGAUCCUCACAACCCUCGUUGUGUGCAUAAAAUUUGUCUUGGUCUUUUGCCUAUUGAGGACGGUGUUGAUGACGAUGUUGCUGUAAGGGCUUUACUGGAGUUGGGAAUGGAAAUGAGUAAAGGAGAUGACCCUAUGAUUAUUGAUAAUGAGAAUGGCCAGUAUAAUUCACUGUUUAAAAGUAUGUGCUCAUGGAGUUGGGAACCGGGACACAAUUCAAAUCCUACGAUGUUUGUUAGUUUAGAUACGGGGGAGUUGCUUACUUUAGAAAUUUCAUUUGAAUUUGAUGGUAGUAAAAUGAACUUAUCUGAGCCGCUCUACAAGUGUUUACCUUGCAAGACGCUUUUGUGGGUUAAAGGGGAUUUCAUUGUUGCACUUACAGAGAUGGGGGAUGGGUCAGUCCUUAAGUUUGAGGUAGGAAAACUUUCUUAUAUGAGUCCAGUUCAAAACAUCGCUCCAGUUUUAGAUUCGGUUGUGGAUUAUCAUGAUGAUAAACAGGAUCAGAUGUUCGCUUGUUGUGGAGUGGCUCCAGAGGGUUCGUUAAGGAUUAUUCGAAGUGGUAUUAGUGUGGAGAAUCUGUUGCGCACCGCCGCUAUUUAUCAAGGCAUAACUGGGACUUGGACUUUGCGGAUGAAAGUCUUAGAUUCUUUCGACUCUUUUCUCGUGCUAUCAUUUGUUGAAGAGACUAGGGUGCUUUCGGUUGGGUUAAGCUUCAGCGAUGUGACCGAUGCAGUCGGGUUCCAGCCUGACGCUUGUACUUUGGCGUGUGGCCUUGUAGGUGAUGGGUUACUUGUCCAGAUACAUAGGAAUGCCGUGAGACUUUGUUUGCCCACAACAAUAGCUCAUCCUGAAGGUAUCCCUUUGUCUGCUCCAAUUUGUACAUCUUGGUUCCCGGAUAAUGUGAAUAUAAGUUUGGGGGCAGUUGGGCAGAACAUGAUAAUUGUAGCAACAUCUAAUCCCUGCUUCUUAUUUAUUCUUGGGGCCAGGUCUUUAUCUGCCUAUCACUAUGAAAUCUAUGAGAUGCAGCAUGUGAGGCUGCAGAAUGAAGUCUCAUCCAUAUCUAUACCCCAAAGGAUCUCAGAAUACAAAUCAUCAACCUCGGUUGUUAGUUUAGCAAAUAUUAGUAAACCUUGCUUUGGUCUUCCUAUUGGGGUUGAGAUUAGUGAUACUUUUGUCAUUGGUACCCACAGACCUUCAGUAGAAAUUCUCUCAUUUGUACCCGAAGAAGGGCUAAGGAUUGUUGCCUGUGGGAUUAUUUCCCUGAGCAACACGCUUGGAACUGCUAUCAAUGGGUGUGUCCCCCAAGACGUGAGGCUGGUUUUAGUUGAUCGGUUAUAUGUACUUUCAGGAUUGAGAAACGGAAUGUUACUUCGGUUUGAGUGGCCGAAUAUGUCUACCUUACCCCCAUCGUUGGAGUUACCCCAGCAGAGCCCUUUUAUGAUUUCUAACAUGGCUGCAUCCUUAGUAUCAUCAAGUUCAAGCAAUGAACAACGUCGAGACAGCAAUAUCCUCGAAAAGGCUGAAAAAACUCCUAUUCAUUUAGAAUUGAUUGCUAUUCGCCGGAUCGGUGUAACACCAGUUUUUCUGGUUCCUUUGUGUGACUCCCUUGAUUCCGACAUAAUUGCUCUUAGUGAUAGACCGUGGCUUUUGCAAACUGCAAGACACAGCUUGUCAUUUACAUCUAUCUCAUUUCAACCUGCAACUCAUGUCACUCCAGUGUGUUCUAUGGAUUGCCCUAAGGGAAUUUUAUUUGUAGCAGAGAACCGCCUUCAUUUGGUGGAAAUGGUCCACAGUAAGAGGCUAAAUGUGCAGAAGUUCUCUCUUGGAGGUACUCCGCGGAAGGUUGUAUAUCAUAGUGAAAGUAAAUUGCUGCUUGUGAUGAGAACCGAGCUAAGUGGUGAAUCGUGUUCAUCAGAUAUAUGCUGUGUUGAUCCACUUUCUGGAUCACUGCUGUCAUCGUUUAAGCUCGAACCAGGAGAAACAGGAAAAUCAAUGCAGUUGGUGAAGGUUGGAGAUGAACGAGUCUUGGUGGUGGGUACCAAUCGGUUUGGUGGUCGAGCUAUCAUGCACACCGGUGAAGCCGAAAGUAGCAAAGGGCGUCUACUUGUCCUGUGCCUGGAGCACACGCUGAACUCGGUUAACAGUUCGUUUCGUGAAAUUGUUGGGUAUGCCACUGAGCAACUUUCAACUAGUAGUCUUUGCAGCAGUCCUGAGGAUAAUGGUUUUGAGGGUGUUAAACUCGAAGAGACUGAAGUGUGGCAACUAGUACUUGCUUAUCAAACCAUUAUACCAGGAGUAGUACUUGCUGUCUGCCCAUAUCUUGAUCGUUACUUUUUAGCAUCUGCUGGUAAUUUUUUUUAUCUAUAUGGCUUUGUCAAUGAGAAUCCUCAACGAGUCAGAAGACUGGCUUAUGCGAGGACACGCUUUACAAUUACCAGUUUGGCUUCAGAAUUUACUCGAAUCGUUGUCGGUGAUUGUCGUGAUGGAGUUCUUUUCUAUUCCUAUGAUGAGGAGCCUAGGAGACUUAAACAGCUGUACUGUGAUCCAGUACAGAGGUUAGUUGCUGACUGUACCCUUAUGGACAUGGACACUGCUGUGGUCUCAGAUCGAAAGGGAAACCUUACUGUUCUGUCAUGCCCAAAUCGGGUUGAAGAUAAUGCAAGUCCAGAGUGCAACUUGACACUUAGUUGUUCUUACUACAUUGGAGAGACAGCCAUGAGCAUCAGAAAGGGUUCAUAUUCAUACAAACUUCCAGUUGAUGAUACACCGAACGGUUGCGAUAUUGCAGACCCAAUACUCAACUCGUCACACAAUAGUAUUGUGGCCAGCACGAUGCUAGGAAGUGUAGUGGUUUUCAUUGCUAUCUCCAGGGAAGAAUUUGAGCUCCUGAAAGGUGUGCAAGCUAGACUCAUUAUUCAUCCGUUAACUGCUCCCAUCCUGGGAAAUGACCACAACGAAUUCCGAGGGCGUGGUUCCGCGGCUGGUGUGUCUAAAAUGCUUGAUGGGGACAUGUUAACACAAUUCUUGGAGCUUACGAGUUCGCAGCAAGAGUCUGUUCUGGCAGUUCCACUUGGUUUGAAGGAGACUGGAGCAUCAAUUUCGAUGCCUCCUCACAAAUCAAUCUCCGUCAAUCAGGUUGUUCGCUUGCUUGAACGAGUUCAUUAUGCCCUUAACUAAUCUUGUUUCCUUGUUCUCCUUACUCUCUUGGAAGUGUAAAAUCUCGGAAUCCAUGGCAAGGCGGUCAUGUUGUUCAAGGAUCUGCAUAAGCUGAAGCGUGAGAAAUUGGUCCCUUCAGAUCCAAUGCACAAUAGUUCUCCAGAGUGAUAUUGGUAGGAAGAUGAUCGCCUGAAUGAAAGCAUUUUCUGUUACUAUGUGCAGUUUUGUUUCUCGUAUUUGAAAUGAAUAUAUUUGAGAAUUGAUAGUUACCAUAACAUACAUCUCAUGUUGUAGUCUUGUAGGUAACAAAUCAAGUCUUGUGUAAUCUGCCUUGUAAAUAAUGUUUUCGUUUUUAUUAUAUUUGUAUUUUGCUGGCUUGUAAAUUA